GGGGCUGGCUUGACAGCCCGCGCGACAGUUAUGCUGCUAUUUGAUCGACGACAAGGAGUCUAAAUUUGUCUUUUACAAAAACGCAGUGCUCACUCUAAUGGAGAAAUACUAAGCGACUUUCCUUUAGUGAGGUACCAUGGGAUCUCAUUAGACCCCUCUGGGGCGCACAGUGGGUCUGUAGAGGGCAGGAAAAAGUCCCACCAAGGAGACCAAACACCUAAAACAGCUAAUAAAUCACCCUCCCCUCCCGUUCAGCGCGGGAGGGGCGGUCACUGUUCCCUUUGCCUAUAAAGCUCUCCGGACCUGUUGCGCUCUGCGCCCGGCUGCAGUUCCAAGGAGCGCCGACGCAAAUACUAAAAGAAGAUUUCCUGCCUCCCGGAUGGAUUUCAAAGAGUUUGGGGAGGAAUCCUCGGAGGGAGAGACGGAGGAUCUGGACAGCGUGAAAGCUCUGACGGAGAAGCUGAAGCUGGAGACGCGCAGGCCGUCCUAUCUGGAGUGGCAGGAGAGGGUGCUGGCGCGCCCGUGGAAGGAGAGGAGCGCAGAGGACAGUCCCGAGUCUGGAGGAGAGGCCGUGGCCAUGCCUGCAGUUCUGAGGAAGGAGAACUCCGAGCUGACGGUGCGCAACAUCUGUGGCUUCGACACCAUUGAUGAUGCUUUGGAGUUUUUGAGGAAGGAGCUGAGGGAGAUGCAGGUCCAGGACAACCGUCUGGCCCGUCAGCUCAUCCGCCUGCGCAGUGAGAUCCACCGGCUGAAGGUGGAGCAGGUCUGCCACCGUCACAAGGAGAUGCUGGACGACGCGUCCUACGAGCUGGAGGAGUGUGGGGAGGAGUCGGACCUGCUGUGUGACAUCCCCAUGAAGGCCGCCUUCGCCCUGUCCACCCCGCUGAAGCAUCUGGGUCUGACCAAGAUGAACAUAAACUCCAGGCGCUUCUCGCUCUGUUAGAGCCCUCUGUGAACUGCUCCUCUGGAAUGUUUUCACAGUUAUUUCCUCCUCACUGAGGCGGUGUAAAAGUGAACUUUCACAUGUGCAUGAAUGAGGAAGCCUGUGUGUGUGUGCAGACCUGUGGAGGCACACACCUUUCCUACUGUCUGAGCUUCCUGUUGGGAUGAUUCAGGACAUCUCUGCUGCUGCACAUUAUGAUAAAUUGUAAGAUAAUUCAUUGUUUUAUUGUUAAUAUGGAUAUUUCAGGAUGCAAAAACACAAACUCCUGUGUUUCUUUUGGAAUAAUUGUCUCAGAAUUUUUUUAAAAGAUUUUAGAAAGUGUGAUUUUAUUCACUUAAGUCACAUUGGCCACAAAGUCGUGACCGUGACCUGAAGGGAAAUACACUGAAAUUCUAGUAUAAAACCAUAUCAGAGCAGCUUUUUCUCUUGUCUGGAAGGUGCAUCUUCAGUUUCCACAUUCUCUAAUGAAAUCAAAGCCUUCAGGGAUCAGAUAAAGGCAACGUUCAGUUCAGCAGGUGCCUAAAGUAAACAGUCGAGCCAGGGAGGGGGGCAUUUUUUACACCUCUCCUUCACAAGACCCAAAAUAUCUCAGCCGUCUCACCACUGCAGUGAGAGAAGCCGGAGGGCCCGGGGUGUUUGUGUAUGGCCAGGGGAUAUAGCGUCCUAUAGUUUCCAGAUGCAACAAAACCUCUGUGUGUUUGACUGGCAUGAUUAAUGAUUGUAGAUUCUGAACGAGUCAAAUGAAUGAAAUCUUUGUUGGUUUUAUUGUAUAACGAUCACAUGCUUUGUUUAUUUUGUACAUGUUCAUCAAACAAUUAUAGAUGUUAUUUGACCUUGGGGUCACGCCUUGACUUAUAUUGCUCAGCUGACAAAAAGGAGAUCUUCUCCUCCAUUUAGGACCAUUAUAGGAUCAGUCCAAAAGAAUAUGGACCAAUGUUCUUUUAUAGACUUUUAACCCUAGAGCACUAUCGUUAAGUGAUUUUCACCCAAUCAAAAAUAUUUACAUAAUAUUCAAUAUGUUACAUGGGUAAAGUCUCACAUGUCACAGAAAUGGGUGGACCAAAAGCCAAGUCUCCAGUAUCAUUUUUUACAUUUUUUUAGGAAUUUUUUCUUCUCAAAUUCUUAAUAUUUUAGUAAUUUUCAAACAUGUUUUUAGGAUCUACCUGUUUUUAUUUUUAAUUUUGUCACAUAGUUCAAAAUCCAUGAAAACCUAUCUAAGAAAUACUUUCUAUUUUGUAUAUUAUGUUGAGUAAAAAUUAUCCGGCAAAAGUGAUGGUGUAACUUUUUAUAGCUAAAGUGUUCUAGGGUUAGUCAAAGCGUUUUUCUAGCAAGAAAUUGAUGUUUCCAAGUAGCGAAAUAUGACUACAUUUCAGAUCAAAAAGUCUGUAAAUAUCGCAAAGCGUCCUUAAGGACCAGCCACUUGUGCUGGUGAAUGAAUAAAUAAACGAAUGAAUGAAUGACACUUUAUUCGUGUAGCACUUUACAACUCCUUCAACAGUGAGGCCUGUAAACAAAAGAUAAAAUAAAGUUUAAAAUAUGAAAAAUUAAGAACAGAAUUCAUUUAUAUGCUGGUGCCUUUAUCGCUAUGGGAUACAGAAAUGAUGUGUUGUACAGAGACAGCAAAUAACUUGCAUAAAGGAUCAAGUGAGCUAUUUUGUCAACUUCCUGUGCGUUCAAUAAAGCAGAUUCUAACAUUA